ACAUUUCCACCAUUGCAUCACUUUGUUGUUUCACAAAAAGAACACAAAUUAGCUCCUAAAUUAUUUAGAUUAUUUGCAUAUCUUCCAAGUAUUUGCUAUGGAUUUUGUGCAUGGAAGUACUGUUACUCAUGAGAAGAAAACUUCGGUUCUUCAAGGAGAUAAUUUCUUCUUCAAUAGAGUUAUUUCAAGAAACUCUUCUGCGGGUUGCUCUUCGCGUAUACUUUACUACCGGAGUGCAGAAGGGGUUCCAUUUAAAUGGGAAAUGCAGCCAGGGACACCCAAAGAUCCCCCUAAAGAAGAAAGUAUUCCACCCAUUAGGCCCCCACCUGCCCUGCUUGGCAUAGGGCUGCCAAAGCCGUGCAUUGAUAUUAAAGGGCCUAAGACUUCGAUGCGGUCAAGGUUCAGGUUCUGGUUCUGGAAACACAUCAAGAAAAAUAAAAGAAACGAAAAACCCCAACGAGGGUCUCAGGGGAAUGAUAUUAUAAAUGCUAAUGACGAGUCUGAUAAGUUUGAAAUGUUUGAGUUUUAUAGCUCCGAUGGUGAUUUCAAUUCGUUGUCUCCACGGAAUUCGAGCCCUUCGUCUUCGUCUUCGUCUUCGUCUUCAUUGUAUUUCUCUAAUGGUCAUUCAAGGAAGUUGUCAAGAAUUGAGAGUGCUUCUGCUAGGGAUUCAAUGCAAAAGCCUCAUGGUUGCAUUCCUUGGAAUUUCACUGCAGUUCUUAUUAGUGGUGCAAAGCGAAAUCGUUGACAAUUUGCCUUGAGAUCAUAUGCUAUCUGUCCUAAUCAUGUUUUAGGCUCAUUAGUUUUUUGAAACUUUGUGCUGCUACAUAGUUUGUUUGUGUGUAUAUUAUCAACAUAAUAUGUAUUGUAUUUAUAACAAUUUUCAGCAUCAAAUGAUAUGCUGACAAUGACAUUGGCUUCAAUUAACAUGGCUUUUCAAUAAGUACAAGGGAGAUUGAGCCAUUGCAAAUGAUUAAAUGGAGCCUUGAGCCAUUGUUCUAACGACGACGGCUCUGCCUGUACAUUCCAGGUACAAGGGGGAUUUGGAUUUGAGGGCAGGUUCUCUAAUAACCUCUUAUUUAUGCAGUUAAUUUGUUGUACUGCAAUCAGUGUAAGAUCAGAUCUUGGGAGAGAAAGAAGGGAAAAGAGAAAUGACUUGAGUAUCAUAAAUUGCUAAUAUGUAAUAGAA